AUGUCUUCAGGGCCGCUUCACGAGGUGAGAGUAGGGAUGGCGGUGACCGUGACAAAGACGGUUCAGCUCAUCACAGGACUGGUCAUUGUUUUCCAGUUUCAGAUAAGCUUCAUGAAGCUAAAAUCUGCCAGUGGAGUCUACCGUACUGCCACGCAGGGGCUGCCUUCUCCAGAGGGAAGGCCGCAUGUAAACAUCGGGAGUCACAAGCCCAGGGAGAGGAGGUGGGCAUCUAGGCUCACGUCUAGGGUCCCUGGCUGGGCUGUAGAUAAGAGGGGCCACUACAGAGACCAGCACCAACCAGAGGAGUCGGAUCCAGACUUGCUGAUGGAGGAAGGACAUGAAAAUUCUACACAGAUUGUGGACAUUGAUCACGCCUACUACACAUCUAAAAUCUACAGUCCUGGAGACACCGCCAAUAAAGAGCUGUGGGUGAACGUCGAUGAGAUGGAGGAGGAUGACUGGAAGGUCCGUCGCUUCCUGUCCAGCACCCACAGACAGGCUGAGAGAGUGAAUCUUUCCUUCGAUUUUCCUUUCUACGGACAUAUACUGAGAGAAAUCACAGUGUCAACUGGAGGUUUCAUUUACACUGGAGAUAUAAUCCAUUGGAUGCUCACAGCCACUCAGUACAUCGCCCCUCUAAUGGCUGAUUUUGACCCAAGCCUUUCCAAAAACUCAACUGUGUUUUACUUUGAUAACGGAACUGCUUUGGUGGUUCAGUGGAACCAGAUUCACCUCCAGGACGUCAGUCUGGGAACUUUCACCUUCCAGGCCAUUCUGCACAGCGAUGGUCGGAUUGUCUUUGCAUACAAAGAGAUUCCUAUUGACAUCAGCAACAUUAGCAAUGAGAAUCAUCCUGUCAAAGUGGGCUUAUCGGAUGCUUUUGUGGUGCUUCAUGAGAUAGAGCAGAUACCCAAUGUUCGGAGGAGAACCAUCUAUGAGUAUCACAAAGUCGACAUCCUCAAGUCCAAAAUCUCCAACUCUACAGCUGUGGAGAUGCUACCUCUCCCUACAUGUCUCCAGUUCUCCAGCUGUGGUCCAUGUGUCACUUCUCAGAUUGGCUUUAACUGCAGCUGGUGCAGUCGGCUACAAAGAUGCUCCAGUGGCUUUGAUCGUAAUCGGCAGGACUGGGUUGACCUCGGCUGCCCGGAGGAGAGACGUGAUCCCCGAUGUCUCCAGAUAAAGGACGUCACAAACGCAUCUCGCCACUUGACCCAUACGACCACUCCUGUAACAGUGACCGGAUUGCAGCAGGGGACCUCCAGCAUGACCUCCACCCCCCUCAGCAGGACAUCCACCGUCACCAACCCCUCAACACACAGUUGCUCAAGCAGAAAAAUAAUAUCCACUCUACAGCCUCCUACCAGCAAACCUGCAGAAGAUGACACAAAGAUCUCUUUGCACAUCAAUGAUGCACCAGGAGACGAGGAGAGCACAAGAGAGACUGAUGAGCGACUACAGAUCGGUCUCCUGGUGGGCAUCAUCAUGAUGAUGGUUGUCAUGGCAGCAACUGUCCUCCUGUCCCUUUACAUGUACAACCACCCUACCUCCAGUGCCAGCCUUUUCUUCAUGGAGCGGCGGCCAACGCGCUGGCCAAUCAUGAAGUUCAGUCGGGGGUCUGGUCGCCCUUCAUACGCAGACGUGGAGGCUCCCGGUCAGGACAAAGACAGCACAGUGGUCAUCGACCCCAAACAGUCUUUUGUCAUGUCAGACAGAAGAGAGAGCGAACAGAAAGAAGGUUUCAUAGUUCCUGAUCAGAGGGAGCGCUUCCUAGUCUCAGAGAGCUCCUGACCGAAACUACAUAUCCCAGAAGGCUUUGGGGCCAGAGCUGGUUCUCUGUGAGUUAGCAUUCUUUUUUGAAUGCUGAUAUAUUUUUCCAUUUAGCUGUUGCUCAAGUUCACUUUAAGGACAGAAUUCGAGCAAUUAGAGAGUAAAACGUCAAACCUCUGACAAAAUUGUAACUACAGAUUAUUUUAUGCAACAGUAUGGC